AUCAGAGGCGUGGAUUCUGGCUUCACAGUCACAAAUAUGGCGGCGUCGGGAGAGGUGACGUAUUUUGUUGUAAACAACAUUCCUUCCCGGCUCAGAUCCGCAGAUCUUAGGAACUAUUUCAGUCAGUUUAUAGAAAGUAAAGGCUUCUUGUGUUUCCAUUAUCGCCAUCGGCCGGAGGUUAGUGUGCCGUUUACCGCGGCAGAUGCUGGAGCCAGUGAGCGGGCGGAGGGUUCCGAUGGUCCUGGUGGGAAACAAGCGGGUUUGUGUUGUUGUGUGGUGUCGGUUCGCUCACGGGAAUCCGACAGAUUCGUGAAGAUGUAUUCAGGGAACCAGUGGAUCGAUUCGAAAGGAAACUGGCUGCGGAGAAAAUGUUUGAUUCGGAGAGUCAGAGUGUCAGAGCAGGCCGAGCAUAAUUCAUUCCCCUACAAGACAAAGAGUGAGAUGAGACGCCACAUUGCCCAAUCAGAGCAUUUCACCAUGACUGACCUCAAGGGCCUGCCGGAGCUCAAUCCGCCCUCCCUCAUGCCAGCGGGGAACGUCGGCACCCCCGUGACUGUUUUCCUAGAGCUCAUUCAGUCCUGUCGCCUGCCGCCGCGCCUCAUCCGCAAGCUGGGUCUCACUUUUCCCAAGACGGGCUCGAAUCGGCGCUACGGCAACGUUCCCUACCUGUAUCGCAACAGCACAGUCGUGACGCCUGCAGAGGAGAGCGUGUUCACCGCAGGAGGAGUGGAGAUCUCGGGCCCCGGCGGCCUGGACACGCCCACAACCACACUAACAGAAGACGAGGACACGCCCACUUCUCCACCUGUCAAUCAAGAGUCACAGGAAGCAGGAAGUGAAGAGGAGCUGUCAGGCCCUGAUGAUGACGAUGACCGCUGUGAGGAGUGGGAGCGUCACGAGGCCCUCCACGAUGACGUCACCAGCCAGGAGCGCACCAAAGAGAGGCUGUAUGAGGAGGAGAUCGAGCUCAAGUGGGAGAAGGGCGGAUCGGGCCUCGUCUUCUACACAGACGCUCAGUUCUGGCAGGAGGAAGAAGGAGAUUUCGAUGAGCAAACAGCGGAUGACUGGGAUGUGGAUAUGAGCGUCUAUUAUGAUAAAGACGGAGGCGACAUGGAUGCCAGAGAUUACGUGCGCAUGCGCUCUGAAAGGAGACUGCGGGAGGGUCUGGACGGGCUGCCGGGACGGCAACAAAAAAUCGGCAGCUUUGAGAGGUUUACAAAGGGAUUCGGCAGGCGUGUGAUGGAGAAACAGGGCUGGAAGGACGGAGAAGGGCUCGGGAACAGCCAGGCGGGAAUGACGGAGGCUUUAGAGAGUGAAGGGCAGCAUCCCAACUGUAAGAGAGGCUUUGGGUACCAUGGAGAGAAGCUCAGCUCAUUCCUUCCACUUAAAAAACCCAGAAAAGAAUUUCAUAUAUCAACAAUUUAUGAUGAACCUAAAGACAUUGAUAAAGGUGACGAAGUCCUGCGGCGUCAACCCAGCACCAGCAUGAAGCACAGACACUGGCGGCCAGGGGGCAGCACUAACUCAACCAGCUGACCGCUGCUUUCUAGUGAUAUUCACUAACAUUUUAUAAAGACUGCAUAUUUAUUGUCUGUCAAAGAAUGUUUUUACACAGAUCUGUAAAUGUUUUUCUGUGAUUUCUGUAUUAAAAGUGUUCAAAGGAAAGAAA